UGAUGUGUUUUACGACACAUAAAAUAAACAAAUGCUUUACGGCAUUAAAAUGGCGUCUCAUUUCAGCGGUGUGCUACAGUUGACAGAUCUCGAUGACUUUAUCACCCCUUCUCAGGAAUGUGUAAAACCAGUCAAGGUAGAUAAAAAGCAAGGCAGAUCAGUGGCCAAAAUUCAGAUCGAGGAUGACGGCAGUUAUUUCCAAGUCAAUCAGGAUGGCAGGAUGCAGAAGCUGGAGAAAGCAAAAAUCACUCUGAAUGACUGCUUAGCUUGCAGUGGCUGCAUUACAUCCGCGGAGAGCGUCCUUAUCACACAACAGAGCCAUGAGGAGUUGUACAGAGUGCUCCGCAAUAACAAGAGUGGAGCAGAGGAGCAGAAGGUUGUGGUGGUAUCUGUGUCUCCCCAGUCCAGAGCAUCUUUGGCAGCACGCUAUGGCCUUAGCAGUACUGAGGCAGGCAGGAGGCUCACUGCAUUCUUCAAGAAUCUAGGCGUUCACCAUGUGUUUGACACCAGUUUCAGUCGCACCUUCAGCCUGCUGGAGAGCCAAAGGGAGUUUGUGGAGCGUUUCCAGAGGAAGGAGCAAGACAAGAAGGCUCUCCCCAUGCUGGCCUCUGCUUGCCCAGGGUGGAUCUGCUAUGCAGAGAAGACCCACGGAGAAUUCAUUCUUCCCUACAUCAGCACCACCCGCUCCCCUCAGCAGGUGAUGGGGUCCCUGGUCAAGAGGUACUUCUCUGGACAGCAGGGUCUGAGCCCUCAGCAAAUUUACCAUGUGACCGUGAUGCCCUGCUACGAUAAGAAGCUGGAGGCCUCCAGACCAGACUUCUACCUGACUGAAGAUGAGACGAGGGAGGUGGACUGUGUCAUCACCUCAGGUGAGGUUCUGAAGAUGUUAGAAGAGGAGAAAGUAUCUCUUAAAGAUGUGGAACCUGCACCGUUAGACACAAUGUUCAGCAGCGUAUGUGAGGAUGAACUGCAGCGACACGCAGGCAGUGGCUCAGGGGGGUACCUCCAUCACGUGUUCAGCCACGCAGCCAGACAGCUGUUCGGAGAGGGCGUCCCGGAGCUGACAUACAACACGCUCAAAAACAAAGACUUUCAAGAGGUGACAUUGGAGAGGAAUGGAGCCGUCCUGCUGCGUUUUGCUGCUACCUACGGCUUCCGGAACAUCCAGAACCUAGUGCAGAAACUCAAGAGGGGCAAGUCGCCAUACCACUUUGUGGAAGUGAUGGCCUGUCCUUCAGGAUGCCUGAAUGGGGGAGGGCAGGUGAAGCCUUUACCUGAGCAGUCCAACAAAGAGCUGCUACAGCAGGUGGAGGAUCUGUACAGGGCAGAGCACCCCCUAGUGCCUGAGGAGGAUCACCGUGUGGCAGAACUCUACAAGUCCUGGCUACUCUCUUUAGGGGAGGAAAAAGCCAAGGAGCUACUGCAUACACAGUACCAUGCUGUGGAGAAGGCUGGUAGCGGACUCACUAUCAAGUGGUGAAGAGGGAUAUUGGCAGACAAAGGGGGAAGGUUAGGGGACCUGUGGUGGCCAAGGGCUGGUCUGUGAUCUUAUCUCCACAAUCCAUAACUUGGAUGGGUCUUGAUUAUGGAUUUGAAAUGUGCAUAAGAUGACUAGUGGCUGGUGGUCAGGUCCAGUGAGACAUACUUGCCAUGUAACUGUGGUAGCCUGUUCCUAACAUCAAAUAUACAGGUUUUAUUUCUAUACGCACAAGCUUAACCAUGUCUGUGUAUUAAACUGAAGUUAUUAUAAUCUUAUAAACUGAUUAUGGACACCUUAAAAAUUAUACAAAUUGUAUGCACUGAGGAUGUAGGAAAAUGUUUGUUGUUUUGUUUUACUUGACCUUGAUAUUUCAGAGUUUAUAUAUUUCAGAGAAGUCAUCAUUCCUGCCUAAUUUAUAAUAAACAAUGCUAUAUAGAUUAAUUGUAUUUAUCUAUUAAAUUA